AAAGCUGAAGGGCUAAAGUGAGCUUCUGUCCAUUUCUAUGGGACCGGCGCUAGGGCUACUUGAGUAAUUUCAUCGAUCAUACCUCCGCAAUUGAACAACCGAAAGGCUUCGGGCAGCAGCCCUUCUGAGUGAAUCAGAGGGAGACGCUCUCUCUGCGUCUUUUCGAGCCAUGGCCUCGUCAGAGCAGCCCCUCAAGAAGAGAAAGCUUUACGAGACUCGACCAGAAACACCGCCACAACCGGAACAGGAACAAGCAUCGCCGCCACCGCCACAAGAAACCCCAGCCGGGACAUGCACUACCGCCGUAGCUCCACCAACAACACCACCACCACUGUCGCAGGAGGAACUUCUCGCUAGAAGGAGAAAUAGAGAUGAAAUUAAGAGCAUAUAUGAUACUUACAAGCGCCUUAAGUUUUACGUUUCUCAAAAAGAGACACGUCACAUGCCUGACCUUGAACAAGCUUAUCUCUCUCUUAUUUCCGCUUCAAGAGGUUGUAGCAGUGUACAGCGCAUAGUAGCUGAUCUCAUUCCUCGAUAUGCAUCAUACUGUCCAACUGCACUUGAAGCUGCUACUAAAGUUGUUAUUAAUAUGCAUAACUGGAGCAUGGCAGUGAUAAAUAAAGGAGAAGAUUCUGAUGGUGUUGCAACUAAGACUGCUAAAGCCUGUAUAUUUGGUUUAUCUGAUAUCUGUCACACUGCUUCUUUGGAGGCUCCUACAUCAUCUGUUAUCCGAGGCAUCUGCUCUGCAGUUUUUCAGAAUGUGCUCUCCUUUUUCAUGUCCUCCUUUGAGGGAAAGGAUAUCUUUCAUAUUGUUGAUAAGGAAUCAUUGAAGAUGCAGGAUUCUGCUGAGAUAUUCUCUGAGCUAAAGCAAAAAAUUUCUGAGGAAGACAGAUCUCCAACAGUUAAACUUUCAAAGUUUCGUGCGAUAAGUCUGCUUUGGAUCUUCUUUUCUUGUCCGAGAAAUUUGCUUGCAGCAUGUUUUGAGCUCUUCAAACAUGUCACACCUGAGGUCACUAAUGAAGCACAGUGUUUUCUCAGUCAGGUGACAAGCAGGCUCGAGAAUAAUUUUGUGUCGCAUGUGUCAGAUAAUGGUGAGGAACUAUUAUCAGGCAACCAUGUUGCUGUGAAUUCAUGUUCUGUUCCUCAGAACUGCCUGUUGCAACUGGUUCUUGGUAACAGUUCAUCAUUAAGAAGUUGGCUGUUUAGAAAAUAUAAGAAGCAAUGUAACAUGCCAUCUUUUAUAGCUGCAUCAGAAAUAAGAUCCGCUCUAGAAGGGGUCUUUGAGUCAUAUACAGAACUUAGUAAACUAGACGACAGCGAAAUGGACAGCGAUGAGGAAACCUCUGAUGCAUCAAAGUUUGUCAACCGAAAUUACUCGAUAGGUACUAGCCAUGAUAAUGGAGGGUCAAGAUCCAUGGAUUUAGAGAUGAGUGACCCAGCAGAUUCUUCACAUGGCAGGUCUUCCCUGCCCAGAGACUUACCCAACCAUCAUAUGCCUUCACCUGCCACAAGAACAGCAUUAGACUCCAGGAAUAAUUCAUUUGACAGUAGAACACACGCGGACAAAAGUCCAGUUUCAAACAUGGAUUUCGGUUCACCUGCCUUGAGGUCCAUUAGUGGAACCACAAAUAAUUCUUUUGCUUCUCCUAACAAUCAUUUUGGGGCAGCAUGCAGUUCAAUCAGUCCACCUGUUUGGUUUUGUGAUGGAGACCCUGCCGCAUUAGAUAUUUUCUCUGCCUCUAGACAGCUUUGGUUGGGUUCUAUAGGUCCUGAUUCAUCUGAAGCUCAUUUGAAGUAUCAACUUGAGAGGUUUGGUCCCAUAGAACAGUUUUACUUGUUUCCAGUCAAAGGAUUUGCCCUGGUGGAGUACAGGAGCAUAAUUGAUGCCAUAAGGGCUCGUGAAUAUAUGCGUUGCCAUUUUCCUUGGCAAAUAAAGUUCAUGGAUGCGGGAUUAGGAACCAGGGGUUCUAUGAAUGGUGUUGCAGUUGGUUCUAGUUGUCAUGUUUAUGUUGGAAAUAUCUCAAGCCAAUGGGCAAGGGAUGAGAUUCUGCAUGAAUCAAGGAAGGUGCUUUACAAGGGUCCUUACAUGGUCACGGAUCUUUGCAAUGAAGGAGCAUUAUUAAUGGAGUUUGAGACUCCUGAAGAAGCUACUGCUGUGAUGGCACAUCUCAGGCAGCAUCGAAGAGAAAAAAGUAGUUAUCUGCCACCUUUUAGUGCUGGAUCAGCUAAUGUGGCUUUGCCUCAUUUGGAUGGUGGAAGAUCAAUGCCUGCUACAGUUCAGAAUGACAUUAGAAUGAACAGUUCUGUAAGCAUGUGCAAGAUCGAAUCACCUCAUACUCAAACUGUGCUUGAGAGCCCUUCUGAUAGCUGUCGGACAAGGAUGUCUCACUUAUCUUCCUUACUUGCAUCAUUACGUAAUAAGUACAACUUUAGCCAGAACCCAAAUUAUUUUGAUAAUUGCAUAUCUGGAAGCAGCAGUACUGCUCCAAUGAGGGAUGUGGAUCGAAUGUCAUCAAGCACGUUGUGGAUUUGUAUUCCAAAUGUUAGCUCUCCUGUCAUCACAGAUGAUGAGCUAAUGGCUGUCUGCAAUCUUGCUAUUUCAAAUGUGGGGUCUAUUGUUAGGUUGAUGCGAGCAAACAUGCAGAUGGGGUGUGGUUGGUUUCUUGAUUGUAGCAAUGUUGAUGCUGCAAAUGCUGUUCUGACAAAUCUUCGUAGUUGUCCUGGAACGUUCUUUCAGAUUGAAUUCAGUCAACCAGGAAAGAACUACUCUGCACCAUUCUCAAUAAAGCCUGAUGAAAGCUCCAUGGAGCUUGUAUCGCCCAGAAUACAAUCAGAGAAUCAUGGGUCUGUUGUGCAAGGUGUACACCCAUUUGGGGGGAUGGACCCUUUGCAAGGAGGCGUUCGUGCUGUUUCCACUACUCCUGAACAAAUGUGGAUGUACAAGAAAAAUGAAAAUGAGCUUCAUCCUGCGCCUGGGAACAUUCCAAGUUUACCUGUAGGAGCUCAAGGAAGACCUAUUCCCCCACCACCACAGUUCCAGCCAUCUCAAUUUGUCCGACCUGUUUACCUUCCUCCAAAAAGUGCGUGGGAUCCACGAGGUUUAAAUCAUCACGUUCCUUUAAAUCCAAUCUCACCAGUGGUAAUGCCUAAUAACUUUCAGAGUAGCAGUUUUGCACCUCCUUUUAUACCUGCUUCUGUGACUCCACUAGCACAGAUUCAGCGACCUCCAAUACAGCAUUUUGACCAAAUGUUUUCCUUACCUGUUAUUCCUCCACCCUUAUCGUCUAUGCCACCUCAGCCUGAAAUACCCCCUCCACCUCCACUACCUCCAUCUGUUGUGCCACCACCUUUAGCAUCUCUACCACCUCAGCCUGAAGUACCCCCUCCAUUGCCACCAUCCCCACCACCUGCUCCUCCUUUGCCUGCUUCACCUCCUCCACCUCCACCUGUUGCAGAAUCAACUGGUUUUGUGAGUUCUGGGAAGUUAAUGAAUUGUCGAUGGCAGGGCACAUUAUGUAAAAGUGGGGUCCAUUACUGCACAAUUUAUGCAUACAGAGUUGAUUCUGAUAUUUGCAAAUAUUCAAAUGCAAUUGCUGAACCUGUGGAAUGGCCAUGCAAACUAGAUAUGACAAAACGCACAGAUUUUCGGCAUGUCAAAUCAACAUUUACAAGUACUCCGCCACAUAAAAGGGAGGUGUGCCAGUUGAUCCCGUCUUCUGCGAGUGACCAAAAAGGCUUUCAGGACUUCAUUUCAUACUUGAAGCAGAGGGAAUGUGCUGGAGUAAUUAAAAUUCCAGCUGUGAGAUCCAUAUGGGCAAGGCUUCUCUUCAUACUUCCGUAUUCGCAUGAAACAUGUUCGAUGCUUUCUAUUGCACCUGAUGCAUCCAGCUGUCUAAUUGCUUUGGUUUUGCCCAAAGAAACCAACUUUGAUUGGGUUAUCACUCUCCUUCUCAUUUUCUUUCAGAAUUUUAGUACAGACAUGUCGGGCAGCAACAGCAGAUCACAACAACAGCAACAAGAAUGGAACAGCAACAGUAGCAGCACCACCACCACCAACAACAACAACAACAAAAAUUCCGCGAAAAACCAGAAGAAACUCAUUCCCAAAUAUCAAAACCCUUAUCCUAUCCCCACGCUCUCAAACUCCCUCCGUCAAUCAACCUCAAGCCAAUCUGACACCGCAGCCCCGUCGUCAUCGAGUAGUGGAGUCUGGAUUUCAAACAAAGAAGGAGGCGCACCUCCGGGGAAUUUUGUAAAUUAUUUGCCGCAGGAUGAAGCAGUGGCGGCUGGUUUGGGUGCGGAGGAAGGCGGAUUGGAUCCAGUGGAGUCACAGAGAGUUGUUGAUCUUUUAAGCAGAGAAUUAUCUCGGUUGCUCAAGUUAAAUCCUAGAGACUUUUGGAGAGAAGUGGCUAGCGACAAAUCGUUGCACGAGUUUCUGGAUAGCUUCCUGAAGUAUAAGAGUAGAUGGUAUGAUUUUCCGCAUCGUGGAGCUAAGGGAAUUGUUGCUGGAGUCAUUGUUGGGGAGGUCGAAUUAAGUCGCCGGGUUUUCAUGGUGUUGUAUCGCAUAUCUUCCAAUAGGGAUCCAGGUGCUCGGGCUGCUGAUUCCCUUAGUUCUAGAGAUCAUGCAGCUCUUUUGCAGGAUAAAAAGUUGCUUGACUUGCCUAAGUUGUUGGAUAUAUGUGCCAUAUAUGGUCAUGAAAAUGAAGAACUGACCCGAUUGCUGGUUGAGAAUGCUUUGCAAGCCCAGCCUGGAAUCCAUAAUAAUUUAGCUGCUGUGGUAUCUCAUUUUAUGGGUAUCAUACACACAAUGUAUCAACGAUGCAUUGCAUCUUUGGAGGCUUUAUUUUCUUCUGGAAGCUUUAGAGAUGCUGAUUCUGGUUCACUUCAUUCUGAUUUCUUAGAGGUGAUGGACUUUAUAAAUGAUGCGAUUGUUUCGUUGGAUGCUUUUGUUAAUGCAUACAAACCAGCAGCUGUAUUCUUUUCCUGCCCGGUAGAAAUGAGUCAUGGAAAUGAGGAAUUGCUGAUUACCCUUGCAAGAUUACAUGAUACUUUGCUUCCAUCUCUACAACGGGGGUUUCGGAUCAUCUUGGCAGGAGGAGAUGAUGGAGUGAUAUCAAAUGUUGCUGUUAGUUUGAAGAUGUUAUCCAUGAGAAUUACCAAAAUUGGUUGGAAGCUAUUGGAUAUUUGCUAUUUAAGCGAUGAAGUGUUCACAGAUUUUCUUCCUGUUCCAGCUAUAACAAAGAUGUUCCCUGCAAAAGUUGAGGACCCUGUCAUAAGAGCAGAUAUAUUGAUCCAAAUCUUUAGGGAGGUUGGUGGAGUUUUGCUAUAUGCUCAGGAGAAUCAUAAUAGAGAUGCAUUUCUUCAGAAUCUUGAUAAGAAUUACCAUCUAAUGAGCAGACUGCAGAGCUUACAAAAUGCUGGAUGGAUAUUCAUGGAUGAUGAACAGCUCCAGUAUUUAUCUGGGAUAAUAAUGUCUUCUUCGGAAGGUACUGUUAAAGAGCAGCCAAUCAUGCCAUUGCCAGCCCCUGUUCCAAGCAACAAAGUUAAGAUGGAUGAAGAUGCAGUCAUCAAGGAGUCCAAAAUAAGCCAAAUAAAGGACCUGUUUCCUGAUUUUGGCAAGGGGUUUCUAACUGCCUGUCUUGAAGUUUAUAACCAGGAUCCGGAGGAGGUCAUUCAGAGGAUACUUGAGGGGACCCUACAUGUAGAUCUAAAGUGCUUGGAUACAUCACUUGAAACCAUGCCAAUACCCAAGUCUACUUCAACCAUAAGCAGAAAGGAUAAAGGAAAAGGGAUGUUAAUUGAGGCUGCACCAGUCCCCUCAAUGCAAUUUCACUCUACAAAUCCAGUGUUAGCUAGAGAGCAACAACUUGAGAGUCUGUUUGUUUCAUCCUCUUCAACAGUUGGAAGAUUUGUUAGGAAGUCCAAUAAUGUGCCUGAACAGUAUACCCUAGAUGCCAGAGAUGAAAAGGAUGCAGCUAGGACAGUGGCCCUGAUCUCACAGUAUGAGUACGAGGAUGAAUAUGAUGACUCCUUUGAUGAUCUGGGUUUGAGUGUCGCAGAGUCGGGAUUGGAGGAGAACGAGACAUUAAGCGACAGAAUCAGCUCUAAUUUGGGGAAAUCUUCAGGUGCUGAUACUGAGAGCACUGCUCAAGCUUCUUCUAAUUCAAAGUGGGGAUCCAGGAAAAAGCCACAAUUCUAUGUAAAGGAUGGAAAGAACUACAGUUACAAGGUCACAGGUUCAAUCGCAGUUGCAAAUUCCAAUGAAGCUUUACUACUUAGUCAGAUACAGGCGGACCAAAUUUAUGGUCUUGGACGUGGUGGUAACAUUCCCACUGGCGCAGUGAAGCAGUGGACUGAGUAUCAGGAACAGCAACAUCGAAAGGAAUCUGAUGAACCUGAGACAGAAGGGAGAGGGACCACCAGGAAUUUCAGUGGCAGGGGCAGACGGGGAGGAGGAAGGGCGACUGGAGGAAGGCCAAGUGAAUCACAUGGAGAGCAAGAUAACCAAUCAGUUGCUUCUCAGAUGGAAGGGAGAGGAAAUGCUGGCAAUCCCAGGGGGAGGGGAAGGAGGGGAAGGGGUGGUAAUAAUUACAGAAAGGAUAGAGCUAUGCAAAAGCACUUUUCUGGAUUGUCUGGUGUUUAGAAGUGAAUAUAGGGACUUUUACGUGCUUUUAGAAAGAUAUUUAUAAAGAGAAGUUUUCAUGUAUAGAUGGGAUUUAUUUCGUCGAGAGAUCUGUACAACUGCAUAGUCUGGUUGUCUUUUUAAGCUGUCAACCGGAACAACCAGUUCUGCAAUUGGACAAGGAAGGCCCUGAGGCUCAACAGAUUUGAACGCAAUCGAAUAAUAAUUUUUGCCCAUAUUUCUCCUGGACAUUCCGAAACCGGAGCAUUUGAAAAACCAAUCCUUUUCGGAAUCCAAUUUGUUGAAUUAUACCAUUAAUCAUAUGGGUAACAUAAUUUGCCA